AUGGGAUUUCAAAACACAUACAACCCAAAUUGGAGGAAUAACCCAAACAACCCAUACCCACCAAAGCAAAAUCCACAAAAUAUUAUGAUGAGACCCCAAUAUCCACAAUAUCCUUCCCAAAAACCUCCAUAUCCACAAACAGCUUAUCCCCCUCCAAAUUACCAACAACCUCAACAACAAGUCCAAUCAAGUGGUAACCAUCAAAUGAGUCUUCAAGAACUUGUUGCUUCUCUUGCUCAAACCCAAACCCAAUUUCAAAAAGAGGCAAAGAACACCUUCUCCAACAUUCAAGUACAAACUGGAGACUUGGCCACCACUCUCAACAAGAUGGAACAAAGAGGUAAACUUCCAUAUCAAACCAAGAAGAAUCCCAAUGUGAGUGAAAUAACCUUGAAAAGUGGGAAAACACUUGGAGAAAGCAACCCCAAAAGAGUUUCAAGAGAAGAAGAAUAUGAUGUUAUGGUUUUUUAA